GCUUGUAUGACUGAAGUAGACUUGGGAUUAAAAUAUAUCUAAUUUCCUAAAAACUCUCCAUUUUGGCAAGCAAACAUGCAUCUCUUCAUUUGGAAGUUAAGUUCAAAAUUUGGGUCUUCUCAACUUUUUUCUCCUCUACUAAUUCUCUUUCGUCUAAAUUUCUAAUCCAACCAUUCUAUCUAUCUCUUCUCUCUCUCUCUCUCUCUCUCUCUCUCUCUCUCUCUCUCUAACAUGGCGAACUCUCAGCUCAAGCUCUUUGGUUUCAACAUCUCAGAAGACCACAAAUCAGUUUCCAACUUUACAGAGCCGCCGCCGGCGGAGUUGCCGGAAUCUCGAUAUCCCCAUGCCCCGAAGUUCGAGUGCCAAUAUUGUUGCAGAGGAUUUUCCAAUUCGCAAGCUUUGGGUGGCCAUCAAAACGCCCACAGAGAAGAAAGAAGGCUUUUGAAGAGGGCUCAAAUAAAAUCUUGUCAUCUUAAUUACUUCACGCCUCUGCACGUACAGAACUGGCUCUCGUCGUCCUUUGUGCCGCAGCCACCGAGUACUCCACUGCAGGCGGCGGGGCUUCACGCUAUGUCACGGCCGCUGCUGUCGCAAGAUGUUUGGCGGCAGGCUGGAGUUAUUACUGGGGCGGUCGGAGGUGUAGGAGAUGAAGCUGUUCCCGGUAGGGGUUUGGGCCUGGAUUUACAACUUAGUCUUGGGCCUAGUAAGCCUUGACUUGGGCUUUUCCCACUUAAGGCCCGGCCCACAAGGUUGUAACUUUUUUUUUUUUUUUUUUUUGAAAAAAGAAGUUGGAAUUUUGUCUACUUAUUUUAGACAAAUUUUACAUAUAAAGAUAAUUUAAAGAGAAACCAAAGGCUGAUUUUAUAUUCAUUUUGUUUUAAUUUUAAAAUAGUUUUAACUAUUGGAAGAGAAUUCAACCUUUGUAGUCCGUUUUUUAGUUAACAUAACAAUGUUUAGAAAUAAGCUUUUGAUAGUUUUUCAUUUUCUUCUACAUUUUUCUGAAAAGAUGUUUGAAAUUGAUGCAAAUCAUCAACGUAAAGAAAAUCGCUUGAUUAAUGAAUUAAUUAGGUUGUUUAGGUUUUGAGGGAUGAAAAUUCGUAGUCGCAGAGCAGUAUGUGUGCAAGCUUCCCAAAUCGAAGCCCUAACCAAGUAGGAAAAAGAAAAUUGCAAGUAAAAUCAAAGAGGUGCGUACCGCUGAAGGCGACGCCGGAGGAAGCGGCCA